CGCGGAGCGCGCCGGUCGCCGCCACUGAGCGUUUGGAGCAGCGCCUGACAGCUCCUCCGAACGCCCCUUCCGCUCAGCCACUCAGCGCAGCGUCCAGCGGCAGAAGCAGGCUCCGUCCAAAAUGCGCGAGUGCAUCUCCAUCCACGUGGGCCAGGCGGGCGUGCAGAUCGGCAACGCGUGCUGGGAGCUCUACUGCCUGGAGCAUGGCAUCCAGCCCGACGGGCAGAUGCCGUCCGACAAGACGCUGGGCGGCGGCGACGACUCCUUCAACACCUUCUUCAGCGAGACGGGCGCCGGCAAGCACGUGCCGCGCGCCGUCUUCGUCGACCUCGAGCCCACCGUCGUAGACGAGGUGCGCACGGGCACGUACCGCCAGCUCUUCCACCCGGAGCAGCUCAUCACGGGCAAGGAGGACGCCGCCAACAACUACGCCCGAGGCCACUACACCAUCGGCAAGGAGAUCGUCGACCUCGUGCUCGACCGCAUCCGCAAGCUGGCCGACCAGUGCACGGGCCUGCAGGGCUUCCUCAUUUUCCACUCGUUCGGCGGCGGAACGGGCUCCGGGUUCACCUCGCUGCUCAUGGAGCGCCUCUCCGUGGACUAUGGCAAGAAGAGUAAGCUGGAGUUCGCCAUCUAUCCCGCGCCCCAGGUCUCCACCGCCGUGGUGGAGCCCUACAACUCCAUUCUCACCACCCACACCACCCUCGAGCACUCCGACUGCGCCUUCAUGGUUGACAACGAGGCCAUCUAUGACAUCUGCCGGCGCAACCUGGACAUCGAGCGACCCACCUACACCAACCUCAACCGGCUCAUCGGGCAGAUCGUGUCGUCCAUCACGGCGUCGCUGCGCUUCGACGGCGCGCUCAACGUGGACCUCACGGAGUUCCAGACCAACCUCGUGCCCUAUCCGCGCAUCCACUUCCCUCUGGUCACUUACGCUCCUGUCAUUUCUGCCGAGAAGGCCUACCAUGAGCAGCUGUCCGUCGCCGAGAUCACCAACGCGUGCUUCGAGCCGGCCAACCAGAUGGUCAAGUGCGACCCGCGCCACGGCAAGUACAUGGCCUGCUGCAUGCUGUACCGCGGCGACGUCGUGCCCAAAGACGUCAACGCCGCCAUCGCCACCAUCAAGACCAAGCGCACCAUCCAGUUCGUGGACUGGUGCCCCACCGGCUUCAAGGUGGGCAUCAACUACCAGCCGCCCACCGUCGUGCCCGGCGGGGACCUGGCCAAGGUGCAGCGAGCCGUGUGCAUGCUGUCCAACACCACCGCCAUCGCGGAGGCGUGGGCGCGACUAGACCACAAGUUCGACCUCAUGUACGCCAAGCGAGCCUUCGUGCACUGGUACGUCGGCGAGGGCAUGGAGGAAGGCGAGUUCUCCGAAGCCCGGGAGGACCUGGCCGCCCUCGAGAAGGACUACGAGGAGGUCGGAAUGGACUCCAUCGAGGGCGAGGGCGAUGAGGGUGCGGACGAGUACUAAGGGCUCGGCGCACGCGCGUUGUCCGGCGGAGAGCCACCCCACCCCCACCCUCCCCUCACAUUCACCAACGCCAAAGGCAGUUGCACACCACGGCCAUUGAUAGCACUAUUUACCAACCUCAAAGUCAGUUGCUAAUGAGAAAUAUUGCCUGUGAUACACUCCAAGGGCCUAAAUGCAUACGUACUAAUGAGAAAGACAAUUGCAAAUGAAAAAUCUGUGAUACACACUAAGACCCUUUAUAUCACUUGUUGAGUAACUUUCAUAUGCACUCGUAGCGAAAUUAGUUGCAAAUGAAAACCAUUUCCUGUGAUACACGCCAAGGUCCUUUAUAUCACUCGCAGAAUAACUUUCUUAUUCACCUACGCGGAAGUCGUUGCAAAUGAGAAGUAUUGCCUGUGAUACACACCAAGGUCCUUUACAUCACUCGUUGAGUAACUUCCAUCUGCAUUCGUAGCGAAGUUAAUUGCAAAUGAGAAAUAUUACCUGUGAUACACGCCAAGGUCCUUUAUACCACUCGUAGAGUAACUUCAAUACUCACCAACGCAAAAGUCUGUUGCAAAUAAGGUUUGCCUAAGAUACACACCAAGGCCCUUUAUAUAUUAUGCUCCUAAUAUAGGGUGUCACACGGGGUCAGUUUAAUAGCUAAUACUAAAUAAUAUUGCCUGUUGGAUGUGUACCACCGUUUCGAGUUAUCGUGACUGCUUUACUUUUUCAAACAAUAUCGCACAUUUCCUUUAACAGAACCUAUAAUUUUCAAUAUUCAUGUAUCUAGCACGUUAGCUAGCGUUCCUCUCUUACUUUAUUAUUUUUUUCUUCAAUAAACUUGAAACUAUUGCUAAAUUAUAUUUUUGUAGGAUAUUUAUAAAUAUUUUUGUUACAAAAAUGCUACAUUCUUUAGCAAUAUUUAUUUAUAUGUGAAUUUUAGUUUUUAACAUUACACAGCAAAUUCUUAAUACACAAAUCGCUCCCACCUAACCUUUCCUCAGUCUCUCUGUUGGACAACAUUUACAUCUCUGCUGUAAGAGACUGUAGCAAUCAAAAGUAAUAAUAUACAUUAAAUAAUUUUAAAAAACGAAUAUUGGUGUAUCAUUUCAUCCAUUUAUAUUGCCACCUACCCAUAC